GACACCACCCUUUACGUUCGUUGCAGUCCACCUCACGGAAGUUUGUUUGAAGAAAAAUGUUUCGUUUGGGAAAGUGGGCUUUUCAGAAAGUGUUCCAAAGCUUGGGCACGGAUCACGAUGCGAUGCGCGAAGAAAUUCAACAAUUGCAACAACUUCUGUUGCAGCAGCAAUCGUUGGCGGCCCAAGAAAAGCUAGAAAAUGCCAGGUUGACUGAGCAAACAAAAAAAGCAGAAAAUAAGGAGACGGAUUGUUUCAAAAAAACUGGCAGAGUUACCAGUGUACAUCCGCAGAAUUUCAUCGUCGAUGGAAUCUACUACGUGCCGAAGCACUUGCUUAAACUUCUACCUAAUGUUGGUGUUCCCGUUGAAGAGAAUACGCGACUGGACCUGCUGGUUUAUCAAAAACUGGAUCCUACAACAAAUGAGUGUUCGACGAAGGUGGUAAAAAUUCUCGCCGUACACGAAGGUGACUGGGUGGUAGACGAAAUGACCGAGGAAACCUCCAUCAUCAAGAGCGAAGCGCGUUUGGAACACGAGAAUGGUGAACCGGUGUACUACGAUCGUACCGAACGCCACGAACCGGGCAAAGUUAUUAGCAAGGACCGCAACACAAUCACCGUGGAAACCAACACAAAUGAUGUAAUCAUUGUCGAGCGCGACAAAACGAGCAUCACGUUCGCCCCGGAAAUCGGAGACUACGUAAUCCUCUCGUGCGACGUCCAAGUAGACAGUGCUUACAUCGAUCUAAAGGGGGAAGUGCUGGACGUCAAGGCAGUCCGACCAUCUCGCAUGAUGUCCGGCACCGGUAACGUAGUAGUAGCCAGCGAGAACGGUGGGGAAAUACGUUCCAAAGACGAAUACUUUUUUUACCACGUCGCUUCGUUGGUCGCAAACUACAGCCCGAAGGUUGGUGACACGGUGCAGUAUCAGGCCGUCGAGAAUGAUACUGUCGGACGCCGUUGCACGAGCGUGAAACUUGUUGGUGCAUCCCUCCAACACCAAAACGAUGGGAGGGCAAGUGGUCCAAAAAAGGACACUCCAUUUCGUCAGCCCAUGCGUCAGCCUACCAACGAUCUGUACGAAGAUAAGCACGGUUUGCGAUUGACUGGAGAGUUUGAUGUCGAAUUUAAGGACAUUAAUGAGAUGACCGUGCGCACGAUAACGAUUCGAAACGAGUCGGACAAAAAGCACAAGAUAGAGAAACUCAUGCUGCCAGUAAACACGUCACAGCUUCGCUUAAUCGAGCCGUUCGCUCACAGCCUUAUUUGGCUGUUUCCGGGCGAAACGGCCGACUAUCGCUUCGAAAUCACCGGCAACUUAUACGGGCGUAGCCAGGAGAAGUGUGUAUGGUGUUUCGGGGGCAAUUUCCGCAUUGGGCGAUCGUUCCUGAUACGCAUCAGCGAUGAGGACGUGUUCCCUUCGUCGGGGAUUUCAAACGUACCGCGAACAGAUACCUUUUUCAAGCGCAAGCUGGCCGCUUUGAACACUUCCCAAAGGAAGGCGACCUUCAUACCCGGAAGAAAGAUAACCAAAACACCGAACUUCGUAGCGAAGCAGAUUCCUCACUUUGAGGUGCCGUCUGAAUUGUUCGAGCUGGUUACAGGUACAGAACAUGAUUCGGAAAUUAAGGAAUGUCUCUACGCACCACCGUACAACUUGAAAGACCCACUAACAGCUGCCAACUACCGGCGACACUUCCACACGUUCCUGCAUCUCGAAGAGAUUCACCAACGGAUCGAGUUUCGGAAGUAUGACCAAGAGAAGGCCACGUUUGUACGCCACGAGCAGUUUUUGGCUCUGUCCGUGCCGGGCGUUCACGAGUCACGGAGCUCGUUGAUUGUUGGCAACAUGGCAUACGCGAAGGCACCCGAAGGCAGGAUCGAUCAGAGCGUUUUUCAAGGCAUCAUACAUAAAGUGUUGCGUGAUCAGGUGUACCUGUUGUUCAAUACCGCAUUUCAUCAGAACUACAACGGGGAAUCUUAUCAGGUUCAUUUUGAUUUUGGGCGAGGAGUGUUCCGCAAGCAGCACCAUGCACUGGAGGAAAUAACGAAGGUGAUGGGAACCGAUUACUUGUUCCCACAGCGUAUCCAGUUCAACGAACCGAAACUGGAUGUGCAUCUGAGCGAGAGAGAAGAGUUGGUGUUAAUGGACGGCGAUGAAGGGAGGAUACUUCCAUGGCGCAACGAUAAAUUGAACGUAUACCAGAAGGAGGCCAUCGUGAACGUGUUGCGUGCCGAAGCUCGCCCCUUUCCGUACAUUAUCUUUGGACCUCCCGGAACGGGUAAAACGCUCACGACAGUGGAACUUAUCACUCAGCUAGUGGCUAACAUGCCGGACUGCAGGAUCAUCGUCACCACACCUUCAAACAGUGCUGCAUAUCUCAUUACGGAGCGCCUUGCACAAACCGGUCUGCUGAAGCCCGGAGAGUUCAUACGGCUCGUCAGCAACACUCAGGUCGAGCAGGAACAAAUUCCUCCCGCCCUUGCCGGUUACUGCGCCACAGUAAGCAUCAGUGACGAGAGAAAUUCCGUAGGAGAGGACAUUAUAACCACCGCGAGUGGAUUGCGCAUGAAGCUGCAGGCGAAGCACAUCGGUUGCAAUCGGGUAACGAUCAGCACCUGCAACGGCAUCGGUAUGCUGCUUAAUCUACGCUUUCCCCCGAACCACUUUACGCACAUUAUCGUCGACGAGGCGGGUCAGUGUCUCGAACCGGAAUCACUCAUUCCGAUUUGUCUAACUAACCGCACCACCGGCACGGUGGUACUCGUUGGCGAUCCGCAGCAGCUCGGGGCCGUCACCAUGAACCGGUACGCAAAAGACCACUUCGGCACAUCGCUCGUGGAGCGAUUGCUGGAGUGCACACCAGUCUAUAGUGUAGACAAGCUCCGGUUUCCCGAGACGGAUGGGUAUGAUCCGCGGCUGGUCAGCAAGUUGCGCAUCAACUAUCGCUCAAUUCCGUCGGUGCUGUCCGUAUACAAUGAGUUGUUCUACGGUGGCAAGCUGAUUCCGUUUCUCUCGGAGGACUCUGCUUCGGACACGAAGCUGCUCGGCAUCCUGCACCGCAUUCUAAACGUGAAGCGUGAAACGCCCGACUGCGGGGUAUUUUUCCACGGCGUCGAAGGAAAAAACCUUCAGUCAGGUGACAGCCCCUCGUGGUAUAAUCCGCCCGAAGCGAAAGCCGUGUUCUGGCUGGUAGAGAAUCUGUUGCGCAAGGGUUAUGAACCACAAGAUAUCGGCGUCAUUACGCCGUACACGAUGCAGAUAACUUGCAUCUUGCGCAUUUUUAGUGUAGCCCAGUUGACCGCUCCGAAAGUCGGCACUGUCGAAGAAUUUCAGGGACAGGAGCGAAACAUUAUUAUUGUGUCGACCGUUCGCUCAUCAUCGAUCGGUAUUGUGCGGGAUAGGCAGACAGCACUGGGCUUUGUGGCGAACGAAAAGCGAAUCAACGUGGCUAUUUCACGUGCCAAGAGCGCGUUGAUUGUUGUCGGCAAUCCGAAGCUGCUGUGCCUGGACCCGAUUUGGAAGCAGAUCAUUGACCGUGCCAUCAACAACGGUACAUACACCGGAAUUCUGUGCAAGGAAACCACUAAGUGGAAAGACGAUGUUCGUACAAGCGAAGGUCUGUAGGAACGGUAAAACAUAUUUUUAAAACAAACCUUAACAUACUGUGAACUUUUGCGUUUUAUUAAUUUUUCCAACUAUGAAGUAUGAAAUAAAACAUGUGUUGUAUCAAAUGCGACCGGAA